AUGAGAUUGCUACUGUAUUUUCUCAGACGACCGCUAAAUACGGGUGUUGUUAUCUCCCUUAGUGCCACGUUCCAUUCUCACGUUUCUACACGUGCGGGCGUGUCCACCUCGUCUCUCGGGUUUUGUAUUCUUUCUCUCUCUCUCUUUCUCUCUCUCUCUCACUUUCUCUCUCUGUAUGCGUAUUUCAGUCUUUCUCGAUCUCAUCUCUCUCUCUCUUUCUCUUUUUUUGCAUGUGUACUUCGUUCUAAUCUAUCUAUCUAUCUAUCUAUCUAUCUAUCUAAUCUCGAUUUAAUCUUUUUCUUUUCCUCUAUUUUGGUUUUAUUUAUCUAUCUAUCUAUCUAUCUAUCUAUCUAUCUAUCUAUCUAUCUAUCUAUCUCAGUCUGUUCAUAUCUAUUUGUAUCUAUCUAUCUAUCUAUCUAUCUAUCUAUCUAUCUUUUCCCUUAUCUGCCUGUUUCCCACUCUACGUAUCGGUAUGUAUAUCUGAGAAAGAACAGAAAAAGACGGAAAGAUUUUGACACACCUUGA